UCGGACGAACGUAUAGCGAGUUGUCGGCGUAUUGUCGUGUACCGUGUACUUGUGUAUUGCUGUACUUAGGGAUCGAUAUAAAUUGAGUGCAUUGUAGUGCAGUUUAUGAGUUGUUAUUUUAUAUGAUUGGACAGGAAUGAUCGUUACUUUUAAACUAAAGUUACAACCGAUCGCGUAUGUUUGGGAUUUCAACGUUCUAUUAUAACUAGUUUAUAUUAUGGGAGCGCCAGCAUGGGCGUCGCGCGGCGGCGACCGUCCGCGGCUGCUGCGGAUGACGCCGCUGCGCCACAGCUUCGCUGCGCCCGCCACGCCGCCCGCACCGCAACCCCCGCCGCGCACGCACGACUACGCCUCCGACGCUGACACUAAUAAGAAAGAAGACAGUUGGAAUGCAAACCUAUCACAGAGAUGGAGAAAGCUGCGUCGGCGUUGUUCGAGGCUGCGCCCCGGCUCCGGCAACCGCGAGCCGAGCCCAGUGCGCUGUUCCCCCUCUCCGCCGCGCCCGCCGCCGCACUGUUCCCCUGCACCGCCCGCUAAGCUCUCCUUCAGGCACCGCGGCAAGGUCUACACCACCGCAUCGCUUCGCGUCACCAGCGGAGCCCCGGACUUACUUAGAGCUCUGGGAAAACUCGGGGGAGGCUUGCGCCGACGAGCGUUGUCGGCCCACGACGUCCUCGCGCCGCCGCAGCAGCAGCCGGCCACGUUCUACGUGCCCAGUCCGACGACGGAACGACAACCCUCCUCGCCAUCUCCGCCGAGGCAGUCGGCAACACUCCGUCGACGAUGCAGCUCUCCUAACGUGUAUAGAGCUAAUAAAGACGCGCCUCGCGAUCGAACACCACUAAUUCACGACGAUGAAAACCGUGACGUGGUCGAUUACAGUUACGAUAUGGACCGCAGGAGAAGCUGCAAAGACGUUAGGAGCAGACCAUACAGCGAGAACGUGGACUUGGAUGUUCCAUGUCGGAACGGCUACAACCGUCUGACGGCGAACAUGUCGGAUAGGCUGUGGGAGGAGCCGUACAGGUUGCCACGGGUGCAGGCGCGGCAGGAGCCGAUGCAGCAACUGCGCAGCGGCGUGGCCGAGCUGCGGGUGAGCGCCGCGCCUCGUACACCGCGCACACCGCGCCCUCCCCCUGCGCCACCGGCCGCUGUGCAGAAGCCGAACAAGCGGCCGCCGGCGCCUGAGCCACGAGAUGCGCACACAUUUGAGGUGCGAUUCACAAAAUCAGCUGGCGGUAAAGGACUCGGGUUUAGCAUAGUAGGUGGUCGAGAUUCGCCGCGCGGCGACAUGGGCAUAUUCGUCAAGACAAUAUUCAACAACGGACAGGCGGCUGAAUCAGGUUUACUGCGGGAAGGAGACGAAAUACUGUCAGUGAACGGACGAGGAACUGCGGGAUUGACACACGGUGAAGCUAUAAGAUUGUUCAAGGAUGUCCGAGCGGGUCCAGUACUUAUCAGGGUGACAAGGAGGGCACCUGUUCGCUGACUGCCCUGCGCCUGCUGCGGCGACACUUCACCGCUCCAGGCGCCAGAACCCUCUAACUAUUCUACUUUAUAACUUCCCGAUAGAUGUCGCUAAUAAAUCUGACAAAUGUUUGCGUAGUUUCAACAUUGAUUGAUAGAUGACGCUUUUAUACAUAGACAAACAAAAUAGAAAUUGUGGUAACAUCAAAGUAGUAAAUGUGUAUGAUGCGGUUUAUUUAAAACUAUUAAUAUGUAAUAACGUUAACGAGUAAUAAGAACUAAUUGUAACAUUUGUAUUAUUACUCAUGGUGAUGUAUGGCAAGCUAUUUUUAGUCUUACAAUU